CCAGGGAUCGCACCCACCCGGGGAAGAUGCGGGAUCUGCCCGAUGCCGGAGCCGCUCUUUGUGGCUCGGAGAUGAAAAUGGACCCGUGAGCGCAAACAUCGGCGAAAACACGUCCAGCGAUCCGGCAGUUUCGCUCCCCGGACCAUCGUCACCCAGUGCCGGGGCACGCCAGCUCGGACCCGCCCGGGCCAGGAUUAAAUCCGGAUUAGAUCCACCCGGGUCAGGAUUAUUGCAGCUCGAAUCCGCCCGGGUUCAGGACUGUUCUGGAUCUGACCCGCCACCCCCACCCCCGGGUCAGGAUUGAUCUGGAUCGGACCGGCCCGGGUCAGGAUCGGACUCGUCCGGGUCAGGAUCGGACCGGCCCGGGUCAGGAUCGGACUCGCCCGGGUCAGGAUCGGACUCGCCCGGGUCAGCAUCGGACUAACCCGGGUCAGGAUCGGACCGCCGAUUCCAGUGUGGGGCUGAGCCGGAAUCCCGGGUUGGAGCGGGUUGGGUUCGAUCCGAUUGUCCCGUGGCCGGGCCUGGCCUUCAGCAGCCGCUCAUUGUUGGGUCAGACCACACAGAUGUUGCGCCAGGUCCGGAUGAAGUGCCGCUGCCACAUGUUGUUCAAUGACUUGAAGCUUCUGCCUCUCCGGCGACCCGCCCCCCCGCCGUCUGCCAUGAAUUACGACCAGGUUUCACGGACCACCAAUGUGCCGUCCACCAACACACGGUCGGCGACUGUCAAAUGGACCAAGUGGCGGCCGGACCGCGCGGUGGUGGCCGUGGACAACGGUCAGGGGCGAGAGGCCAGCGGCUACGACCAGCCCGCGGCUCCGGCCAGUCCUUCGGACGAGGACUAUUAUGGCAGGAAAGGCGAAGACCGAGUGUCCCUCAGUAGCAGCAUCGCCAGUGGCUGCACGUCCCCCCAAUGCCGAAUCUGCUUCCAGGGCCCGGAGCAGGGGGAUCUGCUGAGUCCAUGUCGCUGUGCUGGCUCCGUUCGCUGCACGCACCAACCGUGUCUGAUCAGAUGGAUUGGUGAGCGAGGAUCGUGGAGCUGUGAGUUGUGUUACUACAAAUACCACGUCAUCGCUAUCAGUGCCAAGAACCCUCUCCAGUGGCAGGCUAUAUCCCUGACAGUGAUUGAGAGAGUACAGAUUGCAGCUGCAAUCCUUGGAUCCUUGUUCCUGAUCGCAAGCAUUUCUUGGUUGGUGUGGUCAACAAUCAGCCCUUCAGCAAAGUGGCAGAGACAGGACCUUCUCUUCCAGAUCUGUUAUGGAAUGUAUGGAUUCAUGGACAUUGUCUGCAUUGGGCUGAUCAUUCACGAAGGGCCAUCGGUUUAUCGUAUAUUUAAACGCUGGCAAGCUCUGAACCAGCAGUGGAAAGUUCUGAAUUAUGAGAAAUCAAAGGACACUGAUGAUCAGAAGGACAAUCGGAAUCGCAACACAGGCUCACACUCUUCCAGGACACACAGCAGUGGGCAAGGCAACCGACCAGUGUUAUCUGUGUCCAAUCAUUACUGCGCCUAUACCAUCCUGCACAUUCUUAGCCAACUACGGCCAAAUGAACAGAGGCAGCAGACAGGUACGGGCAGAGAACUGGUGAUGAGGGUGACCACAGUCUGAUGCAUGAUGAGUCAUGUUCAACUUGGAAUUAUUACAGGAGAGUGGACAAAGCAGGCCAAGACUGUGAUGUGGACAGUGGAGAACUCUACAAGGCUGCUACCUGUGCACUGGGACACACUGGUCAUGAACCAGUCCGAGGGAAAUUAUUCUCACCAAACAAUCCGAACUCCUGUGAAAUGACAUAAAAUGACCACCACAGUUAAGCAGUUCUCUGAACGCUAUCGUUUUUUAAACUUUCCAUCAGUGAUUCACCGGGAGAUCUACAUACUGUAAUAUUGAAAUGAUAUCAGUAUCCAUUAAAACAUUUGAAUAAUAUCACACAACAUCCAGAGAGAAACAGAGCUGAUGUUUCUGGUACAGGAACAUUCCAAUAAUUCACAAAUCCUGAUAGUUUGGCAUCGGAUUCACCAGAUGGGUUCUUGCACUGCCCUGAAACUGAGUGGAUUCAGGGGGAGAUUCACUGUAACACUAUGUAACACCUGGAAGAAUGAACAGAUAAUGUAGGGGCAUUUGUAGUAGUAAUCUCAAAUGGGAAAGCAGCCAAGUGUGGCACUCUGCACUUAUUGCAGCUUCACUCUACUGAAAGGUUCACUGAAGGGAAACAUUCAUUCUGUCUCUCUCUGGUCACUGCCCAAGUUGUGGAGCAUUGCCACAGAUGUCCGGCACCCUCAUGACUUUGUUUUGUCGGCUAUGUUUGCUUUACCUCUCUCCACAUAAGGGUUGACCACAUCAGCCAGCAGAGCGCAGACGUAUUGACAAGUCACCAACUCCAGAAGACUGCUCAUGCCACCAGCAUGAUAUCAUCCUGAUUCCUCGACCAAACUUAGUGGACACAAGACCAUGGAGGAAAAGGAGAGAAAGGGUGUCUGAUCACAUCACGGAGAGGGGAAAUGUAAAGCUCAA